UGGGCGGAGGCGCAGCGGGCCGGGCCGCAGCCAUGGGGCGCUCGGCUGGGCGGGGGGCGCUGCUGUUCCCGCGCCUGCCGCUAGGGGGGCCGCUGCUGCCGCUGCUGCUGCUGCUGCUGCUGCUGGCGGGGCCCGAGCCUGCGCAGUCGAGGAACAACAGCCAAGAGCUGGAGCUCAGAGAGCACAAAGACCCGGAGCCGGAGUCCGAGGCGGAGCCGGAGCCCGACGAGCCCGAAGAGCCCGAAGAGCCCGAAGAGCCCGACGAGCCCCAACCGGACACCGGCAAAGAUUCAAAUGGGACAAUAUCCAGGGAAAUAGAAUUUGGACUAUGCACAGUAACAUGUGGCAUUGGCAUUAGAGAAGUUUUAUUAACCAAUGGAUGUCCUGGAGGUGAAACAAAGUGUGUUGUUCGUGUAGAAGAAUGCAGAGGACCAGUAGACUGUGGAUGGGGUAAACCAAUUUCUGAAAGCCUUUCUAGUGUGAAACUUCCUUGUGUUUUUGUACCACCUGAAAAUCGUUUCAGAUAUGUGUGGAAAAUGUUAAUUCCGGAGCAGCAAGCACUCAUACUUCCUAAUGACUCAGCUAUCCUUGAAGUACAGCGGGACACUCACCCAGUAGCAUUUCUGUGUGAAACAUCAGAAGACAAUGAAAUAAUUGCCUCUGUAAAAUACACAGUAUAUACAAUGUCUGAAUUACAAACAAGAAGAAUAACCACACCUGAAACUGAUCUUGUCUUGAUAUUAGUCUUGGUCACUGGAAUUAUUAUUUUUAUUGGUGUGAUCUUUGCAUUGAUCUUCAUAAUUAUUCACUGGGCGGCAAUAAAAUCAUUCUGGGCAUCCAGAGGGAAGAAUGCCGACUCAGAAAUCUAUUCUGAUGAAAAUCCAGGAAGAUUUGGUGAAGGAGAAUCACCACCUCCACGCUCUUCAGAAGAAUCACCAGCAGAAGUGAUUGCUCAGGAAGAUGAAGGGUCUACAAAUGACUGGAAUAAUGAGAAGUAGGGAAUUUGGAAAAAAAUGAUUUGAGUAUUUAAAGCACAUACCUACAAAAAAAAAUACACCCUAAAACACUUGCUCAUUUUGGGCAGUGAGUUCUUAUUUAAAUACCAAGGAAAUGGUGUACUGGACUUAGACCUAAUCUAUGGUAGAUCUGUAUGGUAGAAAUAAAAAUAUUUAAUUUUUAAUCUGUUUUAAGAAGGAUGUAGCUCAUCAAUUAUAGUAACAGGUAAUAUUUUGGGCACCAAACCGGAAUUUUUCAAGAGGAACAUUAAAAAUACAUUCUUGACACUUAA